GCAGUAUACUUCUAGGAGCCAUAAACAAUCAACAAUAAAUUUUAAAAAUAUUUUUUAAAUUAUUUUUUUAUAAAAUGUGAAAAAUUAAUAACAAUCCAAGAUUAUUAGUACAUUGCAUAUAUACAUACAUAUAUAUAUAUAUGUAUUACAUCACAAUUUGUCACAUCUCUUUAAUAUGAAUUAUAUGUCUUGUAAGCGAUUUUUGGUUUCGCGCUAGGCGAAGAGUUUAAUUAAAUUAACCUCUUUUAGAUAAAAACGAGACAUUGCGACGUUACGUCGCUACUCAAGUUAUUUUUUCCCAAUUAAUUGUUGUUGCAAGUCAAGCGAACGUUUGUAAUUAAUUAUUGAUUUGAGUAUUGAGUGUGUGUGAGGUUUUUGUUUUUUUUUUUUUUUUUUUGUUUUUUUGGAAUUCUUAAAACAUUAUGGAACGUGAGGACUCUUCAAUAUCGAAAUCAUCGUUAGACACACCUAUAGCCGAAGGUUUGGAGCCGUCUAAGCCCAUCAGCUUUUGGCGUCUUUAUCGUUUUUCUACGCCUUAUGAAAUAUUUCUACUAUUUAUUGGUUUUUUAAUGUCGGCCAUUAAGGCUUUGACAUUACCGGCUGUUGUAAUCGUCUAUAGCGAAUUUACUGCUAUGUUAGUGGAUCGCACAUUACGCAUUGGUACCAGUUCAAAGACAUAUGCUCUUCCUCUAUUUAAUGGUGGCAAGACAUUAACUAAUGCCUCCAUCGAUGAAAAUAACCGAGAACUUUACAAUGAUUCAAUAUCUUACGGCAUUCUUUUGACUUUGGCUUCACUAGUUAUGCUGAUAUCGGGCAUAUUCUCAGUCGAUAUAUUCAAUUUGAUCGCCUUGAGACAAGUCACUCGCAUGCGUAUGAAAUUAUUUCAAGCGGUAAUGCGACAAGAUAUUGGCUGGCAUGAUCUAGCAGUUAAACAAAAUUUUGCCCAAAAUAUGACAGACGAUAUCGAAAAGAUUCGAGACGGCAUAUCCGAAAAAGUGGGUCAUUUCCUAUACUUGAUUAUUGGUUUUGUUAUAACGGUAGCCCUUUCCUUUGCCUACGGCUGGAAAUUAACUUUGGCAGUUAGUGUUUAUAUACCGUUAGUUAUUCUCUUGAAUUACUUUGUAGCCAAAUUUCAAUGUAAACUAACCACUGAAGAACAAGAAUCGUAUGCUAAUGCUGGCAAUUUAGUGGAGGAAAUAUUAAGUUCUAUACGUACUGUGAUAGCAUUCGGUGGCGAACAGAAAGAAUCGGAGCGUUAUGAUAAUUUUUUGAUUCCCGCUCGCAAAGCUAGUCAACGCAAGGGGGCGUUUUCGGGAUUCAGCGAUGCUGUGUUGAAGAGCAUGCUAUUCCUAUCGUGUGCGGGAGCAUUUUGGUAUGGCGUCAAUUUAAUACUUAACGAUCGUAAUGUUGAGGACAAGGAAUACACACCAGCGAUUUUAAUGAUUGCAUUUUUCGGCAUCAUAAUCGGGGCUGAUAAUAUCGCACGCACUUCACCAUUUUUGGAAAGCUUCUCAAUGGCCCGCGGUUGUGCUUCCAACAUAUUUCAAAUAAUCGACGCAUUGUCUAAAAUAGAUCCCAUGUCCUCUGAUGGAAAAAUUCUUAAUUAUGGUUUACGAGGCGAUGUGGAGUUUAGUGAUGUUUUCUUUCGGUAUCCAGCCCGUCCGGAUGUCAUAGUACAUCGUGGUUUAAAUAUUAAAAUUAAAGCUGGUACUACAGUCGCUUUAGUGGGUUCAUCCGGUUGUGGCAAAUCCACUUGCUUGCAAUUACUGCAACGCUUUUAUGAUCCAGUAUUCGGUUCCGUAUUACUCGACGAGUUAGAUAUACGUAAAUAUAAUAUACAAUGGCUGCGUUCUCAAAUGGCCGUAGUGGGUCAAGAGCCCGUAUUAUUUUCAGGAACCAUAGCCGAAAACAUAAGUCAUGGCAAGCACGAUGCAACGCAAAAGGAAAUUGAAGCUGCUGCCAAGGCAGCCGGAGUUCACGAAUUUAUUUCCAAUUUACCAGAGAGUUACAAAACAAUAAUAGGGGAACGCGGUUCCCAGCUGUCCGGAGGCCAAAAGCAAAGAAUAGCCAUCGCCCGAGCAUUAAUACAGAAUCCCAAGAUUUUACUCUUAGAUGAGGCCACAUCAGCUUUAGACUAUGAAUCAGAAAAAUUAAUUCAAGAAGCUUUAGAUUUCGCGUCAAAGGGACGUACAACAAUAGUGGUAUCACAUCGUCUAUCAGCCAUUAGAGGGGCUGACAAAAUUGUUUUUAUAAAUGAUGGUAAAGUGGUUGAAGAAGGCUCCCACGAUGACCUGAUGACAUUGGAAGGAGCCUACUAUCGAAUGGUAGUCGCUACACAAUUAAAUAUGCAUGACUUGAAAAAUCAUCAAGUCAAUGAAGAAGGUAAUUCUAUCGAUUUGGGAAAUAAUUUAUCCGCAUAUGAGAAAACAUUCGAAACAAAUUUAAUAAAUUUCGAUAAAAAUUAUAAAAAUAGGCGACAAUCGGAGGCCGCUGACGCAAAACUGAAAGGACGCUUAACGCAUGCUUCGAAGGCGCUAUCAGAAAAAAAACCUAAUUUCUUCUUAACAUUUAGUCGCACACUUAAAAUCGCAAAACCUGAAUGGUGCUUUUUAACGCUGGGAGCCUUUUGUGCAAUAGGUUUUGGUUUCACUUAUCCCGCUUUUUCGGUGGCGUUUGGCGAAUUCUAUGCAGCCUUGGCCGAAGUCGACGAAGAAAUGGCUUUAGAUCGCACUGCUAUGUUAUCGUUCAGUUGUUUGGGCUUAGGUUUAAUUACGGGAUUUGCCGGUUUCCUACAAACCUACUUAUUUAAUUAUUCCGGUGUAUGGCUGACUACUCGUAUGCGGUCCAUGACUUUUAAAGCCAUGAUGAGACAAGAAAUGGCCUGGUAUGACGAAGAAACUAACUCCGUAGGUUCAUUGUCGGCUCGCUUAUCAGGUGACGCGGCUGGUGUCCAAGGAGCCAUAGGUUUUCCCUUAAGUGGCCUCUUACAGGCCUUUUCAAAUUUUGUUGUCGGACUUACUUUGUCCUUCUACUAUUCUUGGAAAUUGGCUUUACUCUGCCUAAGUACAUGCCCCAUUAUAAUAGGUUCAAUUAUUUUUGAAGCAAAACUGAAAAAAAAUUUGUUUAGUUUCAUGACAAAAUCUAUGCUUCACGAGAAACAAGUUUUAGAAAACGCUUGUCGCAUAGCUACCGAGGCAAUAACGAACAUACGCACUAUAGCCGGACUGAGGCGAGAGCAACAAAUCAUUGACAAGUAUAACGAGGAGGUACACAAAGUGGAAAUUUUGAUACGUAACAAACUACGAUAUCGUGGCAUCAUUAAUUCGAUCGGGCAAGCGUUUUUAUUCUUUGCCUACGCUGUGGCUUUAUGUUAUGGCGGAGUUUUAGUAUCGGAAGGAAAAGUACCAUUUCAGGAUAUUAUCAAAGUUUCAGAAACCUUAUUGUAUGGUUCCAUGAUGUUGGCUCAAUCUUUGGCUUUUGCUCCAGCUUUCACUGCGGCAUUAGCAGCCGCGCAUCGUCUUUUUCAAAUUAUAGAUCGCAAACCGAAAAUGAAAUCUUCUCCCUGCCCGACAAAAAAUACUUUAGCCAAACAAUUAAAUAUCUACGAAGGUGUUCGCUAUAACAAUAUCGAGUUCAGUUAUCCCACCCGUCCGGGAAUAAAAAUAUUAAAUGAUCUCAAUUUGGAAGUUUUGCAGGGUACAACCGUGGGUCUGGUGGGUCAUUCGGGCUGCGGAAAAUCCACUUGCAUCCAAUUAAUACAACGUUAUUACGAUCCUGAGGAAGGCUCCAUAUUUAUCGAUAACGAUGACAUACACACCGAUAUGAAUUUAGUCAGUCUUCGACGAAAGUUGGGUAUCGUUUCUCAAGAACCAUCGCUAUUUGAGCGCACCAUCGCGGAAAACAUAGCCUAUGGUGAUAACUCUCGUUCUGUUACUAUGCCCGAAAUAAUAGCAGCUGCGAAAAGUGCUAACGCUCACACGUUUAUCACUUCUCUGCCGAACGGCUACGAUACAAAAAUGGGGAGACGUGGCACUCAGUUGUCGGGUGGGCAAAAACAACGUAUUGCUAUAGCGCGAGCUCUAGUUAGAAAUCCUAAAGUCUUGCUACUGGAUGAAGCGACAUCAGCUUUAGACUUGCAAAGCGAACAAUUGGUACAACAAGCCUUGGAUUUGGCGUGCACUGGAAGAACUUGCAUUAUUAUAGCUCAUCGGUUAUCGACUAUACAAAAUGCCGAUCUAAUAUGUAUCUUGCAAAACGGUCAUAUCGUAGAGCAAGGCAAUCAUCAUCAGUUAAUAGCUAAAGAUGGCAUUUAUGCGAAAUUAUGUAAGACUCAACGAGAUAAUUAAGUUAAAAGUUUUAAAAUUGCAUUCAAUUAAAAACUCA